UGCCGCGGUGCAUGUUGGGUCCUUCCUUUCCUCCCUGACUCGCUGCAUCAUGGGAAAGUGUCGUGGUCUGCGUACCGCCAGGAAGCUCCGCAAUCACCGCCGUGAGCAGAAAUGGCACGAUAAACAAUACAAGAAGGCCCAUCUGGGUACAGCCCUGAAGGCCAACCCCUUCGGAGGAGCCUCUCACGCCAAAGGCAUCGUCCUUGAGAAAGUUGGUGUUGAGGCUAAGCAGCCUAACUCUGCCAUCAGGAAAUGUGUGAGGGUUCAGCUCAUCAAGAACGGCAAGAAGAUCACCGCCUUCGUCCCCAAUGACGGUUGCCUCAACUUCAUCGAGGAAAACGACGAGGUUCUGGUGGCAGGAUUUGGACGUAAAGGUCAUGCCGUUGGUGAUAUUCCUGGUGUUCGUUUCAAGGUGGUGAAGGUUGCCAAUGUGUCCCUGCUGGCACUGUACAAAGGCAAGAAGGAGAGACCAAGGUCAUAAAUAGUUGUGGCAGAAAAUAAAAAUACAUUUUCAAUUACA